GGCGGCCGGACCAAGGCUGUUUGUCGGCUUCCGGUUUGCUGGCCCUGGGAUCCUUGAGGGUGUCUCCGAAUACGAAUCGAGCCGUUUGUGCAGCCAGGAAACGCGGGAUUACAGCACUGAGUGGGCCCAUGGCUCGAGAUAUAAGUCCUGAUCUUCCCGGGACACAGAAAAAAAAAAAAAAAAAAAAAAAAAAUAAGUCCUGAUCUUCAAACUAAAUAGUUCCAGGAGAGAAUGAAGGAUGAAGCUCUACAGAUAAUAGCUGCCCAGUCAACCUUUACCAAAGAUGAAAAGGAAGUCCAUGAAGACACCACCAACUGAAAUAAUGGUGUUUUGAUUCCCCAGAGUGAAUUCUCGUUGAGAAGAAACUUACAGGUACCCCGAAAUGACUGAGAUUGAACAGGCAGAGGCCCAACUCUCUGAGUUAGACCUGCUGGCCAGUAUGUUCCCCGGUGAGAACGAGCUCAUCGUGAACGACCAGCUGGCUUUAGCAGAACUGAAAGAGUGCAUUGAAAAGAGGACCAUGGAAGGACGAUCUUCAAAAGUUUACUUUACAAUCAGUAUGAACCUGGACGUAUCUGAGGAAGCAAUGGUGAUGUUUUCUCUGGCCUGUAUUCUUCCUUUUAAAUACCCUGCAGUUCUGCCUGAAAUUACUGUCAGGUCCGAAUUAUUAAGUAGAUCCGAGCAGGCUCAGCUGAACACGGAUCUGACCGCAUACCUACAAAAGAACUGUCUCGGAGAUGUCUGUAUACUGAAUGCCACAGAGUGGGUUCGAGAACAUGCUUCUGGCUACAUCAGCAAAGAUGUCACCCCGUCCCCUGCUCCGGGAAGUACAGUCCAGCCGGGCGACCACGUUCUCACAAGGCUCUGGAUCUACAGCCAUCACAUCUACAACAAAUACAAAAGAAAGAAUAUUCUCGAGUGGGCAAAGGAGCUUUCCCUCUCUGGGUUUAGCAUGCCUGGGAAACCUGGUGUUGUUUGUGUGGAAGGCCCACAGAGCGCCUGUGAAGAAUUCUGGUCAAGGCUCAGAAAAUUAAACUGGAAGAGAAUUUUAAUUCGCCAUCGAGAAGACAUUCCUUUUGAUGGUACAAGUGAGGACGUGGAGAGACAAAGAAAAUUUUCAGUUUUUGAAGAAAAAGUAUUCAGUGUUAAUGGAGCCAGAGGAAACCACAUGGACUUUGGUCAGCUGUAUCAGUUUUUGAAUGCCAACGGAUGUGGGAAUGUGUUCCAGAUGUUGUUUGGUGUGGAAGGACAGUGAGCAGGGGAGUGGCUGAAAGCGUUUUGCCACUGUUGGUCUUUUGACUUUUUCCUCUCUUUUGCUUGAAAGAUUAAUUUGACUUUAGUCCCACUCUAGAAUGUCAGGGAGGAAAAAGAGGAAAAGCAAUGUAGCAGAAAUGCAUCUGUUAAAAAUGUCAUGAUUAGAACUGAGUUUUAAUUUAUAAUCUUAAAAUUAUUGGUAGACAUUUCUUGACUUACAAGCUACCUGUUUUGAAAGAGAAAUUAAUUAUAUUAUAACGUGGGUGGUCCAUCUUGCCACCCAUCCACAAUCCCUUCCCCCUGUAUCUGUGUCCACUAAAGAACCUCGAAAGGCUAAAGGCUCACUGUCACAGACUCUCUUGCAGCUAGGGUGGCUGGGGGACACAGCUUUGACCAUGGAAUCUCUGGAAAAACUUUUGCUUCCCUGAUUAAAGUGAUAGAUGCAACUA